AUGGGUGGCUUCUGUAGGGGAUACAGGGGCGGCUUCCUAGCCUUCCUGGUCUGGCUUCAGCUUCUUCAGCCUCUGUUCAGUGGUACUUACAAACCCAGGGAGGAUUCCGGAGUGAUAUACAGGCCCCGGAGGCUCCGGAGGCCCCGGAGUAAUCCAGAGGCCCCGGCACAGCAGAGCCUCUUGAAACCCCUGAGUAUUUCGCAUCCUUCAGUAGUUCCGGUGUCUCUAGACCGGACUGAGACUCUAGGAUCAGGGCCUCCUUCAGCCACCACAACCAAAAUUAUCUUGGAAUCCAGGAGGAGCUCUCUAGGAGGACCGUUUUCUCCAGACACUUGCGGCCAUAGAAUUAUGGAGAUAAAUCAUGGAAGUUUAACUGCAGGGAGGAAGUGGCCUUGGCAGGUGAGCCUGCAGAGUAAAAAUGAACAUGUAUGUGGAGGCUCCCUCAUCAGCGACCAAUGGGUGUUGACUGCAGCCCACUGCAUAUAUGAGCGGGAGGAGUACAUGGUGAUGCUGGGUGACAACGUGUUGCAUUCUGAAUCUGAAAAUGUGACCCUGGUCCCAGUCCGAGACAUCAUUUACCCUUACGACUUUGACAUUCAGACCAUGAAGGGUGACAUUGCCCUGGUUCUGCUGUACUUCCCUGUGAAUUACUCCUCGCUCAUCCAGCCCGUGUGUCUUCCCAGAAAGCCCUUCCAAGUGAAAAAUGGGACAGUAUGCUGGGUGACCGGCUGGGGCCAACAGAAUGAAACUGGUGAGUCUUUUGUAUCAGUUCUCCUUCAGGAGGUUCAGCAAAGCAUUCUUCUCCAGAAGCACUGUAAUCAGCUGUUCCAGAGACUGUUGGGAACAUCGAAAAACCUGGUGAUUAAAGGAAUGAUCUGUGGUCAGCAAGACUUGGGACAGAGUCCUUGUUGGGGAAAUUCUGGGAACCCCCUUGUCUGUGAAUCUGACAACACUUGGACCCAGGUGGGGAUCAUGAGCUGGGGCGUCAGCUGUGGUCAAGCUCUUGUCCCCUCAAUUUACACGGACAUCACUGAAUACGAUCAAUGGGUCAGAUAUGUUUUAAGUCAGGCUUCCCAUAUGGAGUCCAUGGGAGUCUUGGUCCUAACCCUGUCUCUGAUGCUACACCUGGCCCUCCUGGUAGCUCUGUGA